AGCUCAAUUUCCUACGGAUACUUGAGAAAAGCAUCGCGUGCAGGUGGAUCGGGUCAUGUCUGGUACUGAUAAGUUGGGUGACCAUUAUCGAAUCUGUCUCUACUCGGAGAGUCUGGCACCCUGUCUUCCAAGCUAAAUCCAAACCAUAAGCGAGUGCCCAUAGUUCAGCCAGAAGUGCAGUCUUCGUGCCGAUAUUGGCAACAAAACCUGCUACCCAAUGACCCGUGGAGUCGCGGAGAACACCCCAGGUGCCUGCCAACCCGGGUUUCCAUUAGAGGCACCAUCAAUGUUAAGUUUCAUCCAUCUUUCAGCCGGCGGGGACCAUCCGAUAUUAGCCCAGACCCGUUGCGGCGCCUGGUUUCUGUUGUUGGAAAUAGGAUCAGGGGCCCGCCACGCUAGGUUCCACAAUUUGGUACGUGCCACGAUCAAGUUCUCGAGGGAAGGCGCUGACAGCGCUGCGUUGGUUCCCUUGAAGCAGGCCGUCGUUCGAUUCUUCUACAAGCACCAAGAGGCUGUCAUUAUUCUAUCAACAAUUAACCAAUAAUUUUAUAACGAAUUAACUUCUGAAUCAUAAAUCACUGACUUACUUUGUAAACAUGGCCCAUGCCCCAUGACUAUGUGGGACAGUGCAUUAAACUAGAUAUAGAUAAACGGGGAAAUGCAUGCAAUCGAGUUCAGUGAUCGUAUGCAAAAAGGAACAAGCCAAGUACACGACAAUGAGUUCAUUAGCAAGAUAUUGUCGAGCCAAGCUAUGGGUGCACAUAAUAUCCUUCCAUUCAUUUUCCCAUCCAACUAGAACAUUAGCAUUUGCUUUUAUUUCAUCUUUCAUUAAUACAUGAAAUGGUAACUUUCGAGCAUACAUUAUAGUGAUUAUUACUUUAUUACUAUUUUACUAUAUUAAAUAACAAGCAACUUUUUUACUAUUUUUUAGAGUCAAAUCUAAGGAGUAGCACUUUUUUACUAUUCCUUAGAGUCACUUCCAAGGAGUAGCACUUUUGUAAUUUUGCUCAUCUCAUUUGUAAUUAAUCAUAAGUUUAUGGACUUUUUAGGUUAUUGUAAUUUUCACUACACUAAUUAAUCAUACUUGCUAGAAACUAGGAUCAUGUAUUUGAUGUCUCGAUGAGAAACACCACUGUUACAAUGACUUCAACAUUUGUAUUAGUUGCCCUUUGCAGAGUGAUAAUGAAGGGAUUUUGGUAUUUUGCAUCGGUAUGUUUUUUUGUUGCCUAUAAUAUCCAGAUUUUUCAUUUUCUCUAAUGAUGCUUAUUGAUUUCCCUCUUCUGUUGUUUUCAAUUGGUUACUACGAUUCAGAUCCAUGGGCGGGUCAUCCGAACCCAUGGAUCCUUGAGUCACCCUGUAAUGUCAAAAAUUGUACAACACUUUCACUUUCUAUGUGAGUUGCCUCUAUUUCUUUCUCCUUUCCUCUAAUUCACAAACCCAACUCGGAUCAAGUCAUUUCGGAGAGGGUCCGUUGAGCUCCCUUUUCUAUAAUGGCAAGCGCUGCUAGGGUAAGACGACAUCACCAGUUGUUGAGAGGGAACCGGCGGGUCAUGGAAAAAGAUGAAGUUUUUUUUACGCACUUUGCAUCGAUAUGUUCUUUUGAUCCCUAUAAACUAGAAUUUCAUUUUUCCUAAUGAAGCUAAUUGCGGUUGACAUUCUUCACCUAUGUACUUUGUAUUGUUGUGUACACUGUAGUUUGUUUGCUCAUAUAUAUAUUUUUACAUUCCACCAGAUUAUUCUACAAAUUGCAUGCUUAAUGUGAAUUCGGAUGUCGUAAAUUAAAAGUCAUUACGAACCAUGAAGCAAACCUUGCCCUUGUUUGUCUGGCACCUAAAGAGUUUGAAUCGUUGUUGCAACAGAAGCAAAAACAAUGCCUCAGAGAUCGAUGCGACAGAAAAUUUGUGGCAAGAAAUAUACAUUGCGAGCCCACACUAUGAUGAACCACACAUUCACAUCUUCGCAAUCUAGCACACACAAACUUUUAAACCACUGCUAUGUUGUUAGUCUAAACUAGCUACCCCUUUACUCACUUUUGAUCGUGAGGCCUUGCCAUGUGUACCAUAUGGUGUAUAGACUCUCAGCUUCUACUAAUGCUACAUUUAUCUCUAUCCAUCAAUCUUGUCUUUUGGGUUCCAAUUGUCUUCUUUAAUUCAAGAACGAAGAAUAUGUUAACAGUUUGUCGUUUGAUCAAUAUUCAUGUUGCAAUAAUUUCACACCCCACCGAGUAGCGCGAGCUUCCGUUCUAAUAUACUUAAUUAACAAAG